ACUGUAUAGUAAUUAAUUAUCGAAUUGCAGUCCGUCAUCCGUGGCAAUAUCACAGCAGCGUAAAUCCACCUCAAGUUUCUGGAUCUCUUGCCUUCAGACAUCGCACAUAAUCGGAACUCUACCGCUAUCACUAUCUCAGACGUCAACUGCUGGCGUGCCAUCGCCGUCAUGAGCAACAACUCGGACAAAUCUUCAGCCACAUCAUGUCCAAUUGAUGACAAUGCUCGCGCAGCCUGGCUGCGACAGAACAAUUCCAACUCCUCCUCCCCCCCGCCGUCCAAUAAGCCGGAUACGUCACCAGACCCAUCAUGUCCAGUCGAUCACAACUCUCGCUCGGCGUGGCUGCAGAUGAACAAAUCCAACCCGUCCCCUCCCUCGCCACCCGACGCGUCGACCAUCCUUUCGCAACUCCCUUCACCGCACCCGAAACUAGGAUCGACCCGUGAGGUCUCCACCAUACCGCGCGGAGAAUCCUCGCCCUCGCAAGGCAGCUACCCCUCGAACCAUGAGAUUGAGUCCGGCAUUGACAAGUCGGGCAAGUGGAUCUACCCGUCCGAAAAGAUGUUCUUCGAUGCGAUGAAGCGGAAAGAGCACGAUCCGAGGGCGGAGGACAUGCGCGCGGUCGUACCGAUACAUAACGCGGUCAAUGAGCGGGCAUGGAAGGAGAUUAUAGCAUGGGAGAAAGGCCAGGGAGCGGAAAACAGAUGCGGUGGCCCGAAAUUGCUAUCGUUCUCGGGCAUGUCUACACAACUGACACCUCGCGCCCGCUUUAAUACAUUACUCGGUUACCAAGCGCCGUUCGAUCGACAUGACUGGGUCAUCGACCGCUGCGGAACCCGAGUCGAGUACGUGAUUGACUUCUACCAGGGCCGAAACGAAGGAAGGGAAGGGAAACCCCUCAACUUUUACCUCGACGUGCGACCCAAACUAAACAGUUGGGAAGGAUGGAAAGCGAGGGUGGCGCGUACGAUCGGUCUAUGA